UUUCCUGGUGGACUGCCACGUAACAGCACAAGCGCUCAGCUGGCAGAGUGGGCGACGUGUACCCGGCAGGUAGCAAUAUUACCGGAGCAGGAAAAUAUCUCACAAUAAAUCCUAAAUACGAUAUAAACUAGGGGUGUCAUGGGGGGAUUGCAGAGUGUCGAGAUACCGGGAGGAGGAUCCGAAGGCUACCAUGUUCUUCGGGUUCAGGAGAACUCUCCAGGACACCGGGCAGGACUGGAGCCUUUCUUUGACUUCAUCGUCUCCAUCAACAAUGAAAGACUGAACAAGGACAAUGACACCCUGAAGGACCUACUGAAGGCCAGUGUGGAGAAGCCGGUCAGGAUGCUGGUCUACUCCUCUAAGACCCUGGAGCUCAGGGAGUCCACCGUCACCCCUAGCAACCUCUGGGGCGGCCAGGGCCUACUGGGAGUCUCCAUACGCUUCUGCAGCUUCGAGGGAGCCAAUGAGAACAUCUGGCACGUGCUGGAGGUGGAGCCGAACUCUCCGGCAGCCCUGGCUGGCUUGCGGCCUCACACUGAUUACAUCAUAGGAGCCGACACCGUUAUGAACGAGUCGGAGGACCUGUUUUCUCUGAUAGAGACCCAUGAGGGGAAGGGGCUGAAGCUGUAUGUCUAUAACACAGACACAGACAACUGCAGAGAGGUGGUCAUCACCCCCAACAGCGCCUGGGGAGGGGAGGGCAGUCUGGGAUGUGGGAUAGGAUACGGAUACCUGCACAGAAUUCCCACCCGACCAUUUGAAGAGGGGAAGAAGAUCAGUUUUCCAGAUCAUAUUCCCAGUGGUGAGCCCAUCAGCCCGCUCAAGGACGGAUUCACUCAGGUUCAGCUGUCAGCUGUAACCCCACCGCCUGCCGUGCCUUCUGUCCCCACGGGGCUCGAGGAUUCACUGUCCGGCCUGUCAAUCAGCUCAGCCCCGCCCACUAUCCCCAGCGAGUUUCGGACAGGUCUCCCCACCGUUCCCCUGCUGCCCACCUCCAUCAGCCCCUCCCUGAGCCCCCUAAACCCUGCCACCACGACCUUCAACCCCGCCACCACGCUACCAGGUCUGAUGCCUCUCCCGGGCAGCCUCUCCACACUUCCAAACCUCACCAACCUCAACCUCGGCGCACUACCAGGCCUCAGCGCUGUGUCGUUAGCAGGUUUCCCUCCACUCGCCCCCCUCCCUCCUCUGAACCUGCCCGGUCUCGCCCCCCUCCUCCCCAUGCCCGCCAUGCUGCCCCAGCUACCCCUCCUGCCCCCAGGGGUAACAUCUUUUCCCCCGGUCGACCUCUCCUCCCUCACCCUUCCAACAGUCACCCCAGCUCCAGAGAAGCAGACCCUCCCUGAUGCCACAUCUACUACCACAGUUCCCUCUACUGCCAAGGGCAGCAACAAUAUCACCGCCACAGAACUGCCCCCACGGGCGGAAACCGCCCCCACGGAAUUACAGGCUUCCACGGAGAUGACGACGUCGUCGUAACACAGGAAGAGUCUCAGACCCAGAACCAAACCUACCAGUUUCUCUCUCUGUCUCAUUCUCUCUCUUUCUCCCUCUCAUAUUUAUUUAGCCAGGAGGGACAGAAGCAUAUUUGUAGCAGUGAGGCUGGCGCACUCAGAAGGCAGUCAGUUGGAAAUGUGGAGCAGAGGAAUGAAUGAUGGAUAGAUGGGAUGAAGGAGUGGCUAGAAGCAAGGUAGCCCUACAAGCCUGUCUGUCCCACACGGCCUCAGUUUCAUACAAAAUUCAAAUUAUCUUCUGUACAUCAGCAUUUUUAUAACCUCCCAACCCUUUAGUAAACCCAGAAAUCUCUUAGUUAGAUAUUCCUUCAUAUAUUCAUUUUUGUUACAUUUAUUUGUUUCUGUUAAAGGGGCAAUCUGCAGUUAUUACAUCAAUUUUUGGACUUAUAAAUUAAUUAUAUGUACCCAUUGAUUCUUGAACCCCAUUCUAACCCAAUAUAUAAGCUUGUUUUAUGCCAAUGUUUGUAAACAAAGUAUAUAUAAACAAACACUAUAAAGCCUCAACCUGCUUAAAACGAACUAUAAUUUUGAUAUCAUGGAUGGUCAGUCCUUGCAUUUCUCCAGUCCCAUCCCUAAGCUUUUUACCGAAACCGGGGCAGGGAGUACGGUUUGUUUCGACUGUUGAUUGCUGCUUUAAAGAAUGAAAUCUGCAUUAUUUUAUGCCACAUUUGUGUUCUGAAAUCAUUAGGCAUGCAUGUUUGUUUCUAUGCACCGUUAGUUUAAACAGAACUCUAAACCCUUCAACGCUAUGUGAGGGUGGUAAUCACUAGAUGGCUAUGCCAGAGGUGACCAAAAUGAAGAUAUAGUCAGAACUAUGAACAUUAACUAUUUGUGGCUGGGGUAGGGUAUGUGGUUAAAAUCGUAUGUUAUGCGCUGAAGUACAAUCGCAGAAAGAACAAUGAGCCAGAUGUUUCACCGGAUGUAUAAAUCUGAAGCAUCCAGUUGGCGUUUCCUCUCACCUCCAAAUAUGGUGAUGAGAGGAAGCCCAGUGGCCAGCAUUGGGAGAAGAUGGGACAAGAUGGAUUUUGGCUGAAAUUAUGCUAAUUUUGUCAGCGAUUAAACGUUUGAUCUCAAUACAGUUUUCUGUUCCCAAAACUCGAAUAUGUUACGAACAGAGUGGACUAACUUUACCCUUUGCCAAAAUUUCCAAAAAUGGGAGUUCUUUAGGAGUGCAAGGAAGAAUUGAGUUAUUGCACACACGCAGUUCAGAGUAGACGUUCCCUAAUGGUAAUAUGCAAACACAUGCUAGAACAGGCCAAUAGGAUCUCGAUAGCUCGUGCUUGGCUCUUCCCACCUCCUUUCUUGUUCGGCGCACUGAUUGAUUUGCUCCCGUUGGAAACGACAGGCUGUGGUCUAUCUUGGGUUAUAAAAAUCUCUGGCAUGACCAGAUGGUGGGAAAUGGAAGGCGCAGUGGGACUGUUCAACCAUAUAAGGGCGCUGUGUACCAACUUUAUGUUAACAUCCUGUAUAUACAUACUCGAGCAAUAAAGCCAAUGAAAUUUUAUAGUA